AUGAAGUUUGGUCGUAGCCUUCCUCGGAAUCAGGUGCCCGAGUGGGCCGCCUCUUAUAUCAACUAUAAGGGCCUGAAGAAGAUCAUCAAAGGCGCAUCGGAGAAGGUGAAGAAUGGAGAGCAGGUGGAUCCAGCAGAGUUCUUUUUCGCCCUGGACCGAAAUCUCGAGGAUGUAGACAGCUUCUACAACAGGAAGUUUGCUGAUGCUUGCCGACGGUUGAAUCUACUCAACAACCGAUAUGGGCGGGUCCCGGAUGUGGUCGACAGCAUGGACCAAGAUGAGGUGGAGGAGGUAAUGGGCGCCCUGUUGGACUUGCGCAACCAGCUGAGGAAUCUCCAGUGGUUUGGCGAGAUCAACAGGCGCGGGUUUGUGAAGAUCACCAAGAAGCUUGACAAGAAGGUGCCGUCCAUCACGACCCAGCACAGAUAUAUAUCCACCAAGGUGGACCCCAAGCCUUUUGCCAAAGAUGGGAAUAUCAGCAGGCUCUUGGCUGACAUUAAUCGCUGGCUAUCAGUUCUCGCAGAUGCCCAGAAUGUGGACGAUGCGAGAUCAGAUCGGUCAAGCCGUUCCUUGGGCCGAGCCUCAUCCAGAGCCAUGGUCAUUUUGCCCCAGUCCCAGCUCGAUAUUUUGGAUCAAGCCGUCCGGAAGGACGACGUCGAAGCGCUUAAGAAGAGUCUCGAAGAGGCGAAGCUGGGACAAGAUGAUUCUUUUCACACGAUUUUCUUGAAUCUCCUCCAACGAUCUAUAUCUGCACGCUCUGAAGCUUGCAUUCUUCAUCUUCUGGGUCGCAUCACAACACUUGAUGAGCCUGAAGACAUCAAUAACCGCAACUGUAUCCACCGACUUGUAAUUCACAUUGGUCGCACAAAGGCGACGUCCUCAGCCAAGGACUCGAGCACUGGCCAGAUUCCAGUUGGUGCACAGUUCAGUAAUAGGCACAUUCAACCCCCGGUCUCUUCUUCAGUGGCCGUAAGAGCGCUCAAUGACACAGAGGCUGUCGUUGGGCAAAAGGACGACGAAGCUGUGAAACUUUUGAUAUUCUUGCUCGAUAACUUGAAAGAUAGCCAGAAGGAUGGCCUUGCGGCCCGUGAUUCGUUUGGCCGACUCCCCCUCCAUUACGCGGCCCAAUACGGAUUGUUAGUUGUGUCACAGACCAUUAUGGCCAAGAUGCAACAAUGGAACCAAUUCGACGCCAAAAACGGGAUCGAUGCACCUGAGUGGCAGGACCUGGACGGCUUCGCCCCUCUUCAUCUUGCUGUUAUUGGCGGUCACCCUCUUACGACGAAGGCUCUCCUUCAAGGAGAAGACUGGGAUGGAAUUGGUGAAUCUAAAGCUGAGAUCCGAAAGACGGUCUCCAAGUCUGGCGCCGUUUUGGCCAUAGCGAGCAAGGCCAAUUAUAAGGUCAUCGUCGAGAUGCUUAUCAAGGCUGGUGUUGAUGUCAACUGGAAAGACAAGGACGGAGAGACUGCGCUGCACUUGGCCGCUAGAUUCGGCCACCUCGAGAGCGCAGAUGUGCUCGUCAAGGGUAGCGACUCUCAGAAAGCCGACCUGGAAGCUACUGAGAAUACUUACGCCUGGACUCCUUUGCACGUUGCGGCGGUGGACGGCCACCUCCCAAUUGUGAAGCUGCUCGUCGAGUCCGGAGCCAAUGUGUCUCGCCCCGAUUCCUCAGGAUGGACUGCUAAAGAGCAUGCAGCUCUACGCGGACAUCUCGAGAUUGCGAAACUGUUAGCGGAACAUACCACCGAGAUCGAUCUUGCCACAAGACCUGGAAACGGACCAUACCUGACGCCUGGAGAAAGUUCCUCGGUUGAUGGCCGGAAAUCAAAUGGUAACGGCAGAGCCACUUCUCCAGCCAGACGAGCUGAGCCUGUCAAGACUUUUGGCCACCGUUACCUCACCAACGAAUGCCUUGUUCAUGUGGCACUCGGUAGUCUGGACGUCCGCAAGCCGACCGAAGCGGUGCACCUGGACCGAGUCCCUUUGACAGAAGCACACAACACCCAGCUGGAUACAGCUUUGUCUGUCGUUGUAUCAGCCAGCGGAGCUCAAGGAGAGCCUACAAUUCUUGAUCUCCCCGUCCAGGAGAACAUUGCAACAGAGCCAAUCAUUUUCACAACCACUAAUGCUUCAGCUGUCAAAUUGUUUUUCGACAUUGUACCGACAUACUCGGGCAAUGAGAAGAACAAGAUUGGUCGCGCUGUUGCUCUUUUGUCGUCCGUCAAGCCCAACCUUGGCUCUAGUAGGAUGAACUUGCAAGGCGACGUAUGCGUCCCCAUCAUUUCAAGUACGCUAGAUGUCAUUGGUACGGUAAAUUUCAACUUUCUCGUCAUCACGCCAUUCCACCAUCCCAACAUGGAGAUUACAUCGCGGCAGACAUAUUGGAAAAAGCUAGAUUCGACGAUGGUCAUUGGCCAUAGAGGCCUUGGAAAGAACAUGGCGUCGAAUCGAUCCUUGCAACUUGGCGAGAAUACGCUGCCUUCCUUCAUUGCAGCCGCCAACCUUGGUGCCCAGUACGUUGAAUUCGACGUUCAGUUGACCAAAGAUCACGUCCCUGUCAUCUAUCACGACUUUCUCGUUAGCGAGACCGGCAUAGAUGCCCCUGUCCAUACUCUGACACUGGAGCAAUUCUUGCAUAUCAACCCAGAUAGUGCGCGCAAAGGACCUGAAGGACAAGCAAAGAAGGACACCACCUCUCUGAGAGAACCCACGGGAAGAAACCGUAGUAACAGUUUCACUCCCAUGCGCUCUCAAUCGAUGGGGUUUGCCGGCUCGGGCUCAUCCAAGGAAAUGGACGAGCGCAUGAAACACACCAGAGAUUUCAAGGAGAAGGGCUUCAAAGCUAACUCGCGGGGUAACUUUAUCCAAGCGCCUUUUGCAACCCUGGAGGAUCUGUUCCGCAGGCUUCCAGAGAACAUUGGCUUCAACAUCGAGAUGAAAUACCCCAUGCUGCACGAGAGUGAGGAGCACGAGAUGGACACCUAUGCCGUCGAGCUCAAUUCCUUCUGCGACACAGUUUUGUCGAAAGUCUAUGAUCUGGCGGGUGAACGUCACAUCAUCUUCAGUUCUUUCAACCCUGAUAUCUGUCUCUGCCUGAGCUACAAGCAACCUUCUAUCCCGAUCCUCUUCCUCACAGACGCUGGGUGCUGCUCCGUCAGUGAUGUCAGAGCAUCCUCACUUCAAGAAGCAAUCAGAUUUGCAACUCGAUGGAAUCUGCUGGGUAUCGUCUCAGCUGCGGAGCCCCUUAUCAACAGCCCUCGCCUGGUGCGAGUUGUGAAGGAGAAUGGGCUUGUAUGUGUAAGCUAUGGAACUUUGAAUAAUGAUCCCUUGAUGGUUCAGCGCCAAGUCACCGAGGGAAUUGACGCCGUCAUCGUGGACAGUGUCCUUGCUAUUCGCAAAGGAUUGACCAUUGGUGAAGAGACAGGCAACGUGCCAACGACGGAUGCUCCGAGUUAA